AUGCAUGAUUUGGGUGCUUCUAUAAAUGUUAUGCCUCUGUCCAUUUUUAAAUAUCUGUCUCUUGGUCCUAUGCAACCUAUGGGUGUGGUGAUACAGUUGGCAAAUAAAAGUGUCGCCCACCCUACAGGUUUCAUUGAGGAUGUCUUAGUUCGGGUCAGUGAACUGAUUUUUCCUACCGAUUUUUAUGUGCUUGAUAUGGAGGAGGGAUUCUCCCAUGGAUCUGCCCCAAUCAUUUUAGGCAGACCAUUUUUGAAAACAGCCCGAACUAAGAUUGAUGUGUAUGCUGGUACAUUGUCCAUGGAAUUUGGUGAUAGUAUUGUCCAUUUUAAUAUUCUUGAUGCCAUGAGACAUCCAUCUGAAGACCAUUUUGUUUUUCGUGCUGAGAUACUUGAUGAUGUUGUUGAUGAGUAUGCUUUUGAUUUUUAUUCUUUGCAUGAUAAGAAACAUUGUUUUCUAUCUGAUCUAUAUAAUUCUCUUGCAUGCAUUGAAUCUGAUUAUGUUUCUGAAUCUGUUUCUGAGUUUGAUUUUGAAUAUAUUUUUGUAUCCAAUUUUGAUUCCUGUUCCAAGAAUAAAUCUGAUUUUGUAUCUGAUGUUUUGGGUGUUGCUAAGGUACAUGUUGUGGAACCCUUAGUUCCUCCUACUGUUCAGCCAGCACCCAUUCCAGAAUUAAAGCCUCUACCAGAAAACCUCAAGAUACUCUUAGAGGAUGAAGCUAAACCAGUUAGACAUCCCCAGAGGCGACUCAAUCCUGUCAUUUUGGAUGUAGUGAAGAAUGAGGUGACCAAGCUUCUUCAAGCUGGGAUCAUUUAUCCUAUGUCAGAUAGUCAGUGGAUGCUUGAGCGUCUGGCAGGUAAAUCUCACUACUACUUUCUUGAUGGUUUUUCUGGUUAUUUUCAAAUCCAUAUUGCUCUUGAGGAUCAAGACAAAACCACAUUCACCUACCCUUUUAGCACUUUUGCCUAUAGGAGGAUGCCCUUUGGCCUAUACAAUGCCCCUGGUACCUUCCAGCGGUGCAUGCUUAGUAUCUUUUCUGAUUUUCUUGAAAAUUGCAUAGAGGUGUUUAUGGAUGAUUUCACUGGUAUAGUUUUAGGGCAUAUUAUUUCUAGUAAGGGCAUAGAAGUAGAUCCUGCAAAAGUAUCUGUUAUUUCACAGUUGCCUUACCCUUCUUGCGUGCGAGAGGUUCGAUCUUUUCUUGGCCAUGCAGGUUUCUACAGGCACUUUGUCAAUGAAUUCAGCAAGAAGGCCCUUCUGCUAUCCAAUCUACUACAGAAAGAGGUUGAUUUUGUUUUUGAUGACAGAUCUUAUUUGCUUGGUUCUCGUGUUAUUGUCUAUACUAACCAUGCAGCUCUGAAGUACAUGCUGAAAAAGGCUAAGUCAAAGCCCAGAUUGAUCAGGUGGAUGCUUUGGCUCCAGGAGUUUGAUUUGGAUAUCCGGGACAGCAGUGGAGCUCAAAAUUUAGUGGCAGAUCAUCUCAGCAGAAUUGAAAGAGCUGAGCACAGUGUCGGCGUCAUGCCCAUCCAGGAUAAUUUUCCUGAUGAAAAUUUGUUGAUUGUUUCUUCUAUUUCUGUUUCUUCUACCACCCCUUGGUUUGCAAACAUUGUUAAUUUUUUAGUUGCUUCUGUUUUUCCUCCCUUAGCAUCACGAGCUCAAAUUGAUAAAAUUAAGAGUGAUGUUAAGCAUUAUAUUUGGGAUGACCCCUAUUUGUGGAAGUUGUGUAGUGACCAGGUGAUCAGAAGAUGCAUACCAGAUCAUGAGAUCGAUUUGGUCCUGCAGUUUUGUUACUCUUCCACACCAGGUGGCCAUCUAGGUAUUCAGAGGAAAGCUCGCAAGGUGCUCGAUUAUGGUUUCUACUGGCCCACCAUCUUCAGAGAUGCGUGGAAGAUUUGUAGCACUUGGGAGAAGUCUGUUGAUUAUGUUUCAAAAUGGGUGGAAGCCAAACCCACCAAAACUAAUGAUGCUCGGGUUGUUGUGGAUUUUGCUUUGCUCAAGAAGUAUGAGGUAGUGCACAGAAUUUCUACACCCUACCACCCCCAAACCAAUGGGCAAGCUGAAAUUUCAAACAAGGAGAUCAAGAGAAUCUUAGAGAAGAUUGUCCAACCCAACAGAAAAGAUUGGAGUAACAGAUUGGAUGAUGCUCUUUGGUCGCAUAGGACUGCCUACAAAGCACCCAUAGUGAUGUUUCCUUAUCGGGUUUUCUUUGGCAAGGCAUGUCAUUUACCUGUUGAGAUUGAGCAUCGGGCCUACUGA